AUGGCUGAAGGGAGUGCCUAUUUUGAUUGGGACAUGGCAGCCUCGGGGGCCGGGAACCACUUGACGAGCUUCGACCAUGGCGGUGUUGCGCAACACUUUGUCCAUAUUGAUGGUGGUGCUUCACCCGGGGUGGUCGUCGUCUCGGGUGCCGGAUCAAGGGCUUCUGGUGGCAUCAGGGAGAUGGAUCCCACCAGCUUCCUCGGCUAUGGGAGCAGCAACGCCCCUGCGGCAAUCGCGGUGCCUGCUCGGGCGCUGCUGCGUGCCAGAUCCAGCGGCCAGGGGCUGACACGGUUCAAAGGGUCGUGGGCCAUGGAGGAAGACACGCUGCUCAGGGCGAAGGUGCAGGAAUUCGGCAAAGGGAGGUGGGCGAAGGUCGCGCUGUACCUCCCCGGCCGAAGCGGGAAGCAAUGUCGGGAGAGAUGGAUCAACCAACUUGACCCCAACAUUGAGAGGAAAAUCUGGACUGACGCGGAAGACAUCAAGCUGAUCGAGGCGCAUCAGACGUGGGGGAACCGCUGGUCGGUGAUCGCCCGGCUACUCUCCGGUCGGCCGGAGAACGCCAUCAAGAACCACUGGAAUGCCACCAAGCGCAGUCUAAAUGCGAAGCGCCAGAUCAAGAAGAGGAAUAGCAAGAAACCACCUCCCGGCCAGCUCUGCCUUCUUGCGCAGUACAUCCGCAGCGUGGAGCCGCACACCGGAUCACCCGCGGAUACACGUUCGGUGUCCCCACCAUUGUAUCAUGACCAAGAGCACGGUGGGCAGAUGGGGAUGGCCGGUAGAGAUACUGCCGUCGUCAUCGCCCCUACCGAGCAUGCACACCUGACCUACCCCAAUCCGGCAAUGAUUGGUAUGUACUACCACCUGAACCCGACAAACAUGCACUACUGGGCACCAAAUUUGAAUGCCGCUGAUAGGCAAAAUGAGGGGUACUCGUACUGCAUCCCUCCCAAUGCGCACCUGAACAACUGCCUGCCGUACGGCUUGUCACCGACGCAGAUGGUUAGUGAGCAAGACAUCCAGCAGGCGGCCAAUGCGAGCAUAAACAUGUAUGCGUUCACUGGACAACGUACCCUCCCGGCAGUGGUAGAGAUGCACCGUGAGUCUGCCGCCAACAACCAACUGGGCAAUGUGGGUGGUGGAGCUGGAGGCUGGUCCUACUACUACGACAUGGACGCGGCUGGUUCGAGUGGCCUUGCCAGAGGUAGUGGUAGCGGUAGCGACCCUGAUGACAUCGACAUGGUGCAGAUGGCCUUGAGGGAGUUUGCCAUGCGGGACCAGUAG